AAGGGUUAAACAAUUUAUUUUCAAAUUGCACUGCCCAGGGAAUACGCUUCAUAAUAUUGUUUGCAUCAUCGAAUACGCCUGUCGCGUCGCCUGAGGUAAACGCCUCAUGAAUCGUCAUCCAAAAUUUUCAAUGUUUUCCAUAUUUCUACAUAAAUAAGAAAAAUUUGGAGUUGUUGAAGGGCGCAGCGGAUAAAUCGACGACAAUUCAAACAGCUCCGGUCAUAAUAGAAUGACAGAGGAAGUUAAAAACGCUGAGGACAUUCUUAAAGGCUUUCAAAUCAACUGGAUCUGUCUGAGGGACGCAGACGGUGGCAAGAUCUUCUGGCAGAACUCCGAGGACCUGAGCUAUCCAGACGUCGAGCAUGAGGCUCGCGUACCUAAGAACAUCCUCAAAUGUCGUGCAGUAUCUCGAGAGUUUAAUUUUAGUUCCAAGGAGCAGAUUGAGAAGUUCCGUCUGGAGCAGAAGGUUCUCUUUAAGGGACGGUGUCUUGAGGAAUGGUACUUUGAAUUUGGUUUUGUUAUGCCAGAGUCGACAAAUACAUGGCAAUCCAUUAUGGAGGCCGCGCCGGAGUCGCAAAUGAUGCCCGCCUCCGUCCUCAACGGCAACAUCGUCAUCGAGACGAAGUUCUUCGAUGACGACCUGCUCAUCACGACGUCUAGGGUGCGUCUUUUCUACGAAUAACCUCCCGGAGGGGAAUUUUAAUCCCAACGGCACGGACUGCUAGCCACAAAGCCUAAACAAUGUAUCUUCCGCUCAACGAUCUUGGACUAUUCGUAGUUUUUAUAAAUAUUACGUUUUUCCACGAUUCGUUCCUUUUCCGUUGGAAAAAAUAAGGCGAAAAAUAAGUUUAACGUCAUCUUAAAGUGACGAAAACAAAUAAUUUUAAAAUGUUAGUGUAGACAUUGUUUUUCGUCUUGUGUGGUAUUAAAAUAUUCUAAUAUUUUUAUUCUUACGAUGUUAGAGCACAAUGAAAAAUAUUUAUUAGCGUGUGACAUCACGAAUUAAAACUUCAAGAACGAAACACCAAAAUUUUUAGGUUAUAUUUUCACCGAUCCGAACUGUUAACACGGCAGACACCAUACGGCUUAGUUUUAUCAUAUUCUGUCUUAUCAAAAAUCCAAAAACGAUUGUGCAACCGUACAUGGAUUUGUAGCAAAAGAUUGAACAAAUGUGUGGGGAUAAUAGAACACCCUGUACGUUAAAAAAGGUAUUAUAAGAUUGUCUUUAAGUACAACUUUUGUAUUGGGAUUAAAAUUUAUUUUGUUCAUAUAAAAUUGUCGUUACGUCGCAAAGUUCAUUUAAAAUUAUAAAAGUGGCUAUCGUAAGGCUGUGGCGCUUGUUUAAAGACAAUCUGGACGUGUUAACGAGUGUUUUACUGCAUAAAUAAUGUUUACUGUAGUUGUACAUUGUCAUAUUUUUUUAUUUAUUUGUUGUAUAUAUCAUAAUAUGAAUAUAGACGUUUAAAUUGUAA